GGCUCACUCUCGAUUUAUUAAGCGGACAAUAAGUGAGUCAGUCGGACCCAAGUCUUUGUAUGUUUUCCGCAGACCAGUGGGCAUUAAGGAAAUACUUAGAACCCUAUGAGAGCGUCUUUCGCUUAUUUGCUCUCAAGAUGUCCAUAGUCAAUACACCAUCAUAUAUAAAGAGUCUUAUUCAUCAUUUUUGCUGCUUAAGCAUUUCGUUACUGAUACGUUGAUAUAAGCUUCGAAGGGUGGAAUGCGGUCCGUUUCAAUUGAAAUAAGCAAUCAAAUAUUUUUGUUGAAAUUGCCGCCAACCUUGUUAUAAAUGAAAGCUCA